AUGUCUUCAUCCACUCAGCCGAUGCCAGUUGUCACGUGCGGCAGGAGAACCGCGAUCGGAAAACCAAUCUCUCAAUUCCUGCUGCCUGAAUAUGAAGUCAUCCACUUCCUUCAGUCAUAUGAGGCAGCAGAGGCUGAGCUCCCGCAUCUCCUUGCAGGCCGGGAUCCUCAGUCUCAGAACCCCAACGAUGUCGGGACCCAUGAUUACAGCAGGAGUCCUCGCGCAGUGAUCUUCGGCCGUGGCUUUGAAUCCGAGCAGGUCGAAGAGCUUAAGAAGAAGGUCGCGGGCAUUGCUAAGGAACCCGUUGCUUGGGUGGCGGGGAACCCGGCGGAUUUUCCUACCGGGCCACCGGGACCUGAUUACCCUCAGAAGGCCGCGGCGGAUAUCAAGAAGGUGCUUGAUAGAUGA